GCAAAAACAACACGUCACAUUAAUAUACCGGUACUGUAAAUCUGAGAAAUUACGGCAUUCGUAAUUCAAGCACCUCCUAAAGAAUCUCAAGGAGAUACCCAUAAUGCUAAAAUACCACCUGUUUUCAUUGCCUGAGGAUUGCCAUUUAGAGAGGAACAAGGCAAUGUGUGUUCUAAAGGGAAAUAGAUAAUUGUGCAUGCAGACAUUCGGGGGGGAAAUGGCAAAUCAAGUAUUCCUAGCAGAAGGUGAGGCGGUGGACGAGGUCAGCUGCAGGUUCUCAGAGCUGGUUCCUGUGGUGCUGACUGCCUGGCCAACAGAUUCCACUCCCCGUGCUGCACAGUAAAGAGCCUUUCACGCCCAGACAAGACCACACAGCACCGCCAUGAAGCCGGGACACGAGCGCAAUCAGGAGUGCCUGCCUCCCAAGAAGAGGGAUCUCAACAACAGCACCAGUAGUAGUAGUGCGGGAGGAGGGGCAGGAAGUGGGGUGGGGGGAGGAGGUGGUGGGGUAGGGGGGGAGGAAGUGCCCUCCACUCAGAGCUCAGGGGUCGGUGGUGACACUCAGGGAGGAGGCACAGCAGAGGAGUGGCUGCGUGCUCAGCCUGGUCUACACUAUGGAGUAGAAAGUGCUGAGGGCCUCCAAGGGCUGCCUGUUGACCAGUACAGCAUGCUCUAUAGGGUGGCUCUCCCCUCUGUCUCCUAUUCCCAGACCAAUCUACACCCAGUGUUAAGCCAUAUCUCUCCAGCUUACACUGUCCCCUCAUCUCUCCUACAGCAUCAUCCAGGUAUCUCCUAUCCCCCUCUAGGCUAUGCCCAGAUCCCCCACUCCUCUUUCCAGUUUGUCUCUCCAUACGGUGCAGUCCCUUAUGCAGUCCCCCCUGGCUUUGUUCCCAGCACCCUGAUCUCCCCCUCAGUUGCCCUCUCCCAGCCCCACCUGGUCCCCUACCAGUCAGUCAUCCAGGAGGGGUUGGUCUCCCCUCCUACCCAGGCCCAUGUAUCUGCCCAUGCCUUUGCCAAAGUGGGGUCGUCCGGAGGGGUCCCGCUGAUGCUGACCUCGGAACAGGCUGCCCAGCACCAGCAGCACCUGGGCGCGCUGCCCGCCGCAGAGCUCAGUCCUCGGGGAGUGCCUGUCUUUUACCACCCUCAGUGCACCAGGGCUACGCCUGCCCCCAGGGACCCCUACAGCGGGGAGCAGGAGACAGACAGGGAUAGGGAGGUGAAUGGAGGGGAGAGGGAGCAGGCAGCCAGGGAGAUGCUCCAGGACUCAGUCUACAAUACCAGGAAUGCAAGGCUGCUGCAGGCAGCAUCUGCCUCUGCAGCACUGGAGCACGCACAGGACAGAAGCCUGAAGAGCCGCAGGCUGGACGAGAGGGCUUCGCCUGGGCAGCGCAGCACCCCAGACACUGACCUAGAGGUUCAGCAGGUCGUUGGUCGCCUAGCCUCUCCUGUCCAAGGUGUGAGUGGAGGGCGCAAAGAGGUGUCCUUUGGUCCCCUGAACCUAUCCCAGGGUUCCCAGAGAGGCAGAGAGGCUCAUGGGGAGGCAGGGGAGAGUGCUGGCCGGACAGCGUACGCGAUCCACCCUGCAGUGUAUGGAGACCCCAGGGUGACGGCCCAUCAACAGCAGGCAGGGCAGCCAGGCCACGCGGUCAUCUUGGCCAAUGGGCAGACAGUCCUGGUCCCCUUAGACUAUCACCAACAGCCACCCCAGCACUACCCCAGCCAGACCAAUGACGACACCUCUGCUGUCACCAUGGCCUCCCCCACCACCUACUCUAAAGCCUCUGAGUCUCCAGCCAGAGUGUGCCUCCCAGACAGGGCUGUGGUGGAGCUGGCCGCCGUGGAGCAGCAGCCUAUUUCUGUCCCAGUCGCGGCAGCCCUCACGCAGGCCCUGGCCCCGGCGCCCACCCCUGCCCCCUCCAAUCCCUCCCAUUUCAUGAAGGGGGCCAUCAUCCAGCUGGCCACGGGGGAGCUGAAGCGUGUGGAGGACCUGCAGACUCAGGACUUUGUGCGGAGUGCUGAAAUGAGCGGGGGGCUGAAGAUCGACUCCAGCAUGGUGGUGGACAUCAGGACCAGCCAGCAGAGACCCGGCCUGGUGGCGCUGCACUUCACAGUGGGCGAGCAGCAGAGCAAGGUGACCAUCGACGUGCCCCCGGAGCACCCCUUCUUUGUGUUUGGCCAGGGCUGGUCCUCCUGCAGCCCAGAGCGCACGGCCCAGCUCUAUGGCCUGGCCUGCCACCACUUGCAGGUAGGAGACGUGUGUGUGUCCAUCACUCUGCAGCAGCCGCCCCAGCAACAGAAACAGCCCCUGCAGCAACAACAACAACAACAACAGCAGCAGACCCAAGCCAGGACUUCCACCAAAGCCAACUCCACAUCAGGGGCCAUCGGCCAGCCCAUGGGGCCCCCUGCCCCCCAGCAGCCCAGGCCACAGCCUCACUUCAGGAUGGAACGCGUCCACAGAGAGAGGGAGAGGGGGGAUAAAGAGGAGCCCAUGCAACUAGGGGGUGUUGGGCAGAGUGAGAUGCCCACCAGACCAAAUAGGACUUCAGCAGAGCACACUCGGAGCCAGAGCAGUUACUAUUUGCACACGGAGGGUUCUGCUCGUCCAGGGGCGGGGGUGGGAGUGGUGUCGACAGUGUCGAGCGCGUCUCAGAGGCGCUGGUCCGCCCCCGGCCUUCAGAGAUACAUGAAGCUAGAGGAAGGGGCGCACCCUCAGCUGGGCCCCUCCGGCUCCUCUCGACCCUCCUUCAUCCCACAGGAGGUCAAACUGUCCAUUGAGGGGCGCUCUAACGCUGGGAAGUAGCACCAACCAUGGCAGUCCACACCACAGAAGAGACUGUCAGAGGAGCGAAAGCAUCAGAGAGGGGGAAAGGGGAAAAAGAGUGGAAAUGUAGCCCCUGUUUGAUAUUUUGCACACCUAAUAAGAUUACAAGCUCUUUGUUUUCAGGGGAACUACCUGGUCUGGUGGCUGGUCAGGUCCGCUCUAUUUGCCUGUCAGUCAGUCAGGACAGCUCCUGGUCCAGUGAUCAGGAGAUUGGGUCUCUGCUCUCCCAGGCUGACAGGGAGCGGAUGCAGAAGCAGGGAGUGUAUGUAGCUGGUGAAUCACCAACCAAAGUCUUCAGACUGCAUCUUCCUUCCGCCCUACCAACCCCUCAGAACCAUCCUUAUCAGAGGUGAACCGACCCUCAGAAACAUCCUUAUCAGAGGUGAACCGACCCUCAGAACCAUCCUUAUCAGAGGUGAACCGACCCUCAGAACCAUCCUUAUCAGAGGUGAACCGACCCUCAGAACCAUCCUUAUCAGAGGUGAACCGACCCUCAGAACCAUCCUUAUCAGAGGUGAACCGACCCUCAGAACCAUCCUUAUCAGAGGUGAACCGACCCUCAGAACCAUCCUUAUCAGAGGUGAACCGACCCUCAGAACCAUCCUUAUCAGAGGUGAACCGACCCUCAGAACCAUCCUUAUCAGAGGUGAACCGACCCUCAGAACCAUCCUUAUCAGAGGUGAACCGACCCUCAGAACCAUCCUUAUCAGAGGUGAACCGACCCUCAGAACCAUCCUUAUCAGAGGUGAACCGACCCUCAGAACCAUCCUUAUCAGAGGUGAACCGACCCUCAGAACCAUCCUUAUCAGAGGUGAACCGACCCUCAGAACCAUCCUUAUCAGAGGUGAACCGACCCUCAGAACCAUCCUUAUCAGAGGUGAACCGACCCUCAGAACCAUCCUUAUCAGAGGUGAACCGACCCUCAGAACCAUCCUUAUCAGAGGUGAUCGCAUUCACUGGACUUUCUCUCUUCUUUGACCAAACCAUCUCCUCUGGAAACCCAAGACUGGGGAGAAUAUAUAGCCCAUGUCUGGUAGACAGACAGGGUCUGACCGUGACAAGAACAUAGCCAUCCUAUUAUGCACUGUCUCCCCCCACAUUUCUAUUUUGGUCUGUUACCUUCAAAAGCGUUCUCCCAAAAAGAAACAAAGACUAAAGGCGUACUUGCGGUGCUGAAUGGCUGGCAUCGGCACAUAGAUGCUUUUCCCUCUAAUGAUGUUAGUUCUCUUGAUGCAGACUCUUGACGUGUGUCAUCGUCACUUAGUGUGCUUCUCUAGUAGGAGCAGAGGACUUCUACCAAGGCGCAGACACUCCCUCGCCUCCCUGCCUCUCCUCGUUGGGCCCAGUCUGCUGAGAGAGGGUCUGAGAGGAGGGCAGGCAGCCUUAGAGGUCUUUCAAUCAGCUCCUUCAAUCAACCAAUCACAACUUAGGAAACCGCUCACUCCUUUCAUAACGCACCAACCACACUUCCCCGUUUUUCAUUUUACGCCCCAACCCCACUUUGUGCCACGGUUACAUGUCAGUUUUCCUUUCGAAAGAAACCAAAAGAGAUCAUGCAUUCCAGUAUCAUAGUGAUUAUCAGAGUGACCACAAGACAAAACAACACUCAUCUUCCCGAAUGCAGCCCUCCCUGCCUGCUAUACCUCUCAGCAUUCCUCUGCCUGGCUGGUGACUGUUUACUGUCAUUGUAUUAGUAGGUACCAGUACUGGAGGCACGGGCUGCUCCACCAAUGUCACCUGUGGGAAUGAAGCCUGCAUGGAGCAGUACUGGCUGCAGGCAACUGGCCUGCUCAGGCUGCAGCCCGUCGUGGAUGGUGAGGGCCAAAGAGUGGGACCCCCGCCCCCAUAGAGCCAUGUUGGCCCCCAUAGAAUCUCUUUCAGUGCAGCAGCCCCUGGGCCUAUGAGGGGGAACCCUGUGUGUGUUGGAGGGGAUGGAGUUGGCCCUGCUUCAUACCUUUUUCACACUAUUGUCUCAACACAAACUGGGAGGAUCUUUUGGCCUGCUUUCCAGUGAAUAUAUUUAGUUUAAGGUUAGCCUGCCAUUUUCCAGCCUGGUUUAGGUUGUUCAUGGCUAGCUAACUAUGUGCCUCUGCUCGUUUAAAAGCAGGAUGGCACUAGAUAUGUUAUCUGGCCAGCUCAGCUUACACGAUUGUGUGAAAUGGGUAUAUGAGUCCAGUCAAUCCUUGCUCAGUUACCAAAAUCAAAGCAAUAGUGGGUUUUCUGUUUAUUUGGGGUAUUUUGUAAUUGUUUUUAUAUAAAUAUACAGCUUGCUUAUCAGACCUAAUACUAUCUUUAACCCUGACCUGAAACAUUCCUGCUUUUCAAAGGUGAUGCACAAUUUGGCUCUGAAAUGUUUUGUUCUUUGUAUGGUUAUUACAGAUUCACAAUCAAAGCAUGCCUUUUGAAAAUUAUUUUAUUUAAAAAAACAUGCAUUUCUUCUGGAGAGAAUAGUCUCAUUUUUGAUGGACUGGUGGUUCGGGCUCUGAUCCUCACUGAUAGUAUUCAUUAUGGUUUUAUAUGGUUUUAUAUAGUUAACCUAUAUGGUUACCCUAUAUGGUUUUAUAUAGUUACCCUAUAUGGUUUUAUUCAAGUGCAUCUCCCAGAGAGGCUUGACUCCAAAUCAGUGGUGAGCAUCUUAACUGUCCUCUGUUUGUCCUCUCCUUUGUCUUUUAAUCUACUUGUGUACAUGGAGAAUUGUUUUGUUUUGUCCAUGGCAAUAUUAUUUCCAGUGGACCUUAAGAUUGUCUUGUAUUGCACAUAGAAAACUUCACCUGUUGAUUCACACUGACCUUGUAAUGGGAAUUACAAAUGUUUGUGUAGUUAUUCAUUUUUAAAAAAAGUAUUCUUAAGGUAGUUUUGGCAAUAGAGAAACUAACUUGCAUGGUUGACACUGUUUACAAAUUAGCCAAGACAAAAUGCUGCAGUUUCCUUUUUCGGACACAGAUUUUAGUCACAGAAACUUCAAGUGGAUGAAAUCAAGAUGAAGUGCAAUUACAGCAGAUGUAAAAAUCCCUCAGACAUUUAGUUUGAUAUGUCAUUCCACAAAGCAGCCAGACAUUUAGUUUGAUAUGUCAUUCCAUAAAGCAGCCAGACAUUUAGUUUGAAAUGUCAUUCCACAAAGCAGCCAGACAUUUAGUUUGAUAUGUCAUUCCACAAAGCAGCCAGACAUUUAGUUUGAUAUGUCAUUCCAUAAAGCAGCCAGACAUUUAGUUUGAUAUGUCAUUCCAUAAAGCAGCCAGACAUUUAGUUUGAUAUGUCAUUCCAUAAAGCAGCCAGACAUUUAGUUUGAUAUGUCAUUCCAUAAAGCAGCCAGACAUUUAGUUUGAUAUGUCAUUCCAUAAAGCAGCCAGACAUUUAGUUUGAAAUGUCAUUCCAUAAAGCAGCCAGACAUUUAGUUUGAAAUGUCAUUCCACAAAGCAGCCAGACAUUUAGUUUGAUAUGUCAUUCCAUAAAGCAGCCAGACAUUUAGUUUGAUAUGUCAUUCCAUAAAGCAGCCAGACAUUUAGUUUGAUAUGUCAUUCCAUAAAGCAGCCAGACAUUUAGUUUGAUAUGUCAUUCCAUAAAGCAGCCAGACAUUUAGUUUGAUAUGUCAUUCCAUAAAGCAGCCAGACAUUUAGUUUGAUAUGUCAUUCCAUAAAGCAGCCAGACAUUUAGUUUGAUAUGUCAUUCCAUAAAGCAGCCAGACAUUUAGUUUGAUAUGUCAUUCCAUAAAGCAGCCAGACAUUUAGUUUGAUAUGUCAUUCCAUAAAGCAGCCAGACAUUUAGUUUGAUAUGUCAUUCCACAAAGCAGCCAGAUAUUCCCAUUAGUUUAUGGUAAUUCCGGUUAUUUUUUAUUCUGUUAAUGCUCUUGUCAGAAAGACCUCAGUUGUGUCUAGUUUUAAUGUCUCUGAUCACUUCUGAACCGGUAGUCCUUGUCUGUAAAUGAUGUGUAUUUGUUUUGAUAUCACCUGUGUCAUAAGAUGUGCUCCAACACAGAUCCAAGCGUUAAUAUCCCAGGCUCACCCAUACUGUGUGAGAUGGUAACUGUGUGUUAGAGCAUCUCUCAGCUGGCCUGUCUGUACCUGUAUCCUGGGCUUUGAGCUCUGGGGUGAAGACUGGUGAUUUGUGUGUGGUGACACCCAAUGCCUUCUAAUGGACUGGAGUCCCUCAUCCAUGCUAUUUAUAGAUGACUGUGUCAAAUCUAGUUCAUACACCCCUUCCAACCCCACUGCCUCCACAACAUUUCUGUUGAGUGGAGCCCCCAAGGACUCACUGUUCACUGAGGAUAAAACCUCCGACUGUCUUCGACAACAAGGAGAGGGGAGGUCCGUUAGGCCUGAUCAGGGCAGAGUCACAUGCCAUUUGAUACUGUCAUGACAACCAAUCAGAAAUGUUGUUGAAAUAGAAAUGUUUUUAAAUACGGUAGUGGUGAAAUGCCAUACAGAGAUGAGCUGGGGGAUUUUCCACAGUGGAGCAGUAGAUAUUUAGCCAUAAACCGCUCAAUACUUAAUUUAUUUUUUAGUGAUUACGUUUGUUAAAUUUGUUUAUGCUAUAAGCAAUACAGUUACACAGAAUACCUGAAAACGUCAUGUAGUAUAAGCAUGUGCUAUGCAGUAAACUCUGAAGUGUUCUGCUCUUCAGUGUCCAAGUGUACCUAGUACGGGGACGUUUAGGUUUGUAAUGUAUAUAAGAAGGUGGCUGAUGCAGUCAUUGUACACUGAUCUCUGAGUACUAUUGCUUAUCAGUGCCCACUCUUGGGUGUCUGAAUAUAGUGGAUUUAUUUUGUCAGGUUAGGUUUUUCUUCAGACCCUUAGUUGUCACUAACCUAAGUUCAGCACAGUGUUUUGUUCCAGUCAGCUCAGCCUAUUACCUCCACCUUCCGCUGCCAGGCAGUACUGGCCAAAUCAUGACCAGAGAUGGGUAUGCACGUGUAACUCAAAUUUUGAUGUAAAUCUGUCAUUGACGACUAUGGAUUUGUGCUGAAAUUCAAAUUAUGUGCAUGGAUAUCCAGUUAGAUUUUGGCCUUACGAUCUCUCUUGGUCACGUGUAGCAAUACCUUGUUUAGAUAUGGUAUGAAUGUUAAGGUGUGUAUUCAGCCCUGUAGGGUCAGAGUCUUCUCUUUGGUGAACUUUUACUCUCCAAAAUGUACUGCCUUACCAAGGCCUCUCAGCUGGGCCUGUCUCACAUUUUAUAGGAGAUGGUGUGAAAAAGGACGCUGUCAACAGCCUGCCUGUGUCUGUGCACUGUUGUCAAAUGUUUUGUGAAUGGAUUGCAUCUCAUGUCCCACCUCCCUGGGGGCUCUUCCAGAAAGCUGGAUCAAUGAGUUAGCCAGCUAACGGUCCCCCAAAAAACGUAAAUAACAGCAUUUCUUUUUCGAGAAUUAUGAACUUGAAAUUGGUAAUGGUAUAAUUGACUUGACAACCAACAAUCCAUAUUCAGGUUUAGUUUUCUCAGUGAAAAUUGAGAGAUGUAUUUGGCUGCUUAUCAAAGUUAACUGGCUACGGUAAUGAUCCUGCUUCCUGGAACACUCCACUGCUCAUCAACACACUCUUUCCUAGUUAUUCCUCCAGAUAUUCUUACUUCAGUAAAAUAUCAUUAACAGAACUCCUCACAUGCACAAACAGCACUUCUGUGUCUUACCACCUCCUCUCCUCCCCUUGCCAUGCCACAUGUGUAUCAAACUCAGUAUUCUGGUCUGGGACAACCAUUCUAGGUGCAAGCAGUGCCUCCUGUUUCUUUACCUCUUCCUCUCUGUCUUGAACACAGUAUGUGGCAGUGGCUGUAUGACCACUCUGACUCUCAGCAGACAGGCACAUUAGCAGCACGCCCUCUGUUACACUCAGACUUGCAUCGUCCUCAGACUUCUGCUCGGAGCGUGAAAGUGCUACUUCAGCGGUUUUCUGGGUUCUUCUCUUGACUCUAACCAUCGUAAGAAAGGGAAAACAUUUGACCUGUACGUUUUUGACCUCACUCUUCUUAUUACAAUUUUAUUCAAGAAAGAAAAUUGCACUAAUUUGCCAUCCUUUAUAGUAUUAUAAAAUUAACGGUUAGUUAAUUGAAGUUUUUAAUUAUUAGCGCUAAACAACACAAAACCCAAUGAAACAAUCACUUGACAGUUGUGCAUGUUUGUAGAGAUAAUGUUUUGUAUGGCUAUUAUCAAGCUUGUCAAUAACGCCUUAAGAUCUGCUUUGUACAAUGUGUUAAUGGAAUGAUGCUUACAAGUGACCCAGUUUCCCUGUUUUUCUGUAGCUGCAAAGGUGGAUCAGUUCACUCUUGUUGUAUUGACCCCCUCUUGGCACUCUCCUGGUGUUUUAUUCAUAAGCAGAAAGGCAUUUGGAGAUGGAUUGUAUCUCUCGAUAGGGAUAGGUUACAGUGAGGGAUCAUGUUAGGGUGAGUCCCUAGCACUGCUUGAAAGCUGGACCAGUAACUGACUGCUGUUGUUUUUUUUUUUUAACACACGCACAACCCUCUGUUGUUAAUGUGAGUGGACGUUGGGAGUAGGUCCCUGAAGGUGAGGUUGUGCUCCAUGUAUUUUAGUUCUGGUCCUGUCUGAUCUACAUGGGAGAGAAUGUGAGGCUUUUCAAACCAGUGAAAACUUUCCUUUAUUGGUAACUGUAUGAUCUGUUUUUGUUUUGUGAUUAUGGAAAAAGGCUUUAUGACCCCUGUAUAAAGUAGCCCUGUUGGUCUGAUCUUGUAUGACUGAGGUAAAUAGACUGGAUGGGAUGGUGUUGUUGCCAGGCACUAGAGAUGCAUAAUUAAAUCAGGAAGAUGAGAAUGGUUAAAAGUUUUAAUGGAGUUGUGUAUUUUCAGAUUUGACAUUUGUAUUUUGGCACUAAAGUUACUGCUUUUUACGUGACAUUUGACCAGUUUUAAAAGAAACAGCAUCCUUUUUUUAAAGUAUAAAAUCUGCAAAAUAUAUGCAAUGAUGUUUAUGUAAUAUUCAAUCCUCAAAUAUAAUCCAGGUUGUAUAAACUUUUGUAGUGAGUUUUAAUAUCGUAUGGCCGUACCAAUAUGUAUUGAUUCUUAUCAAAAGCCUUAGUUGUCUACCCAAAGUGCUCCCUUAGAAUACAGUACCCUACACCUACCUGAACUUUACAAAGCAUUAAUAACUAUUGUUGCAUUUUUUUUAAUUUUUUUUGUACCCUUUUUGAAUAAAAUAGAUUUGUACUGUAUAUUUGUACCGCUGUGAACUACUUAAGGCUGUUUUGUUUUUGUUUUGCUGUUUUAAUUCUAUGUACUUAAGGACACAAAGAUAUUGUAUUUUUAUUGUUACAGCUAACUUCUUGGAGACAUUGCAUUUAUCAUGUUAAGUAAACACAAUAAUAUAUAUAUAUACUUACUAUUACCCUA